AUAUUCUAUACGUAUAUAUAAAAUUGAUGAUCAUGCAAAUUAUGCAUAACAACGUUAUCUCCAUCAUCAUUUCGCUUAGCAAGUAAUACGCAUGUACAUUUACAUAUAGGGGUGGUACAUUAUGUACUCUAAUGUCUUCAUUAAAUGAAAAAUUAAAAAGUAAUAUCACAUGGGAAAGAAGUAGAGAUUAAUCAAAGGAAUCCAAAUCCAAUCAUAAUAUGAAUUAAAGAAUUAACUAAUUGAAAGGUCAACUACUCUGAAUUAGAUGGUACACGUGUCAUUACCCCAUCACUCUUACAACCUAUUCUCUUUCCACUCCAAACGCUCCUCCCUUUCCUUUUCCCUUCUCCUACUCGCUUGGUCUCUCUCUCUUUUCUUUUCUUCUUCAUCCUCUUCAAUCUUCAAUCUUUCAAUUCAUGAAAAAAAAAAAACAAAAAUGAAGAACCUUUUUGGUUAAUAAAACCAGCAGAGUAAAGGGGUCAUCUUAUUCUUUCUUUCUUUCUUAAUAUAUAUAUAAUUAUAAUAUGACAAGUUGUGUGUGUAUGGAGGACUGAUAUGAUGAUGGAGAUUACUACAACCACUACUCACGAGGAGGAUCCUAAUGCUAAUAAUGCUAAUGGUGGUGAUUCUUUAGAGACGAGUAAUCACAGCAGCCAAAUCAAUAACAGUAGUAGUGGCAAACCCCCAAGAAACCUCUCCCUUAUGCGCCAUUGCACCAGCUCUGCAUUUUUGCCUGAUUCUGAAUAUGAUGUGGCUAGCUUUGGAUUCAAAUCACCAUCUGAGGAGAAAUCAAAGUUUCUGCCUAUAUUCCGUUCUGGUAGCUGUUCUGAGAAAGGACCAAAACAGUACAUGGAAGAUGAGUAUAUCUGUGUAGACAACCUCUCUCAACAUCUUCCUCCACCACAUUCCUUCCCUUCUCCAGCCGCAUUUUAUGGGGUAUUUGAUGGGCAUGGGGGUAUAGAUGCAGCCUCAUUCACCAGAAAGAACAUCCUUAACUUCAUAGCAGAGGAUUCCCAAUUCCCAAAUGGACUCAAAAAGUCAGUGAAGAAUGCUUUUGUGAAAGUGGACCAUGCACUUGCAGAUUCCAGCUCUCUUGAUACUUCCUCUGGUACCACUGCCUUAACAGCCCUUAUUUUGGGCAGGACCAUGCUGAUAGCAAAUGCAGGGGACUGUAGAGCUGUGUUGGGCAAAAGAGGAAGAGCAAUAGAACUUUCUAAAGACCACAAACCCAACCGCACAUCAGAAAGACUCAGAAUCGAAAAGCUUGGAGGAAUCAUCUACGACGGAUACCUGAAUGGCCAGCUCUCAGUGGCGCGCGCCCUUGGGGAUUGGCAUAUCAAAGGCUCUAAAGGGUCAUUGUGCCCUUUGAGCUCAGAGCCCGAAUUGGAAGAGUUGUUGCUGUCAGAAGAAGAUGAGUACUUGAUAAUGGGGUGUGAUGGUUUGUGGGAUGUGAUGAGUAGCCAGUGUGCUGUGACAAUGGUGAGGAAGGAGUUGAUGCAACAUAAUGACCCCGAGAAGUGUUCUAGAGCGCUUGUCAAGGAGGCGCUGCAGCGCAACAGUUGUGACAAUCUUACAGUGGUUGUGGUGUGCUUCUGCCCUGAUCCACCCCCUAAGAUUGAAAUUCCAAGGUCUCACAGGAGGAGGAGUAUAUCAGCUGAAGGCUUGGAUCUUCUCAAGGGUUGCUUGAACAAUUCUGUAUGAAAAAUGAAACUAUAUCUUUACAAAACAUUUGGUUUUGGUGUACAUGAUGAGGCUUUGAUCUGCUAGGACAAUUUCUAUUCUUCUUUUUUCUUUUCUUUUCAUUUGCUCCUGUUGUUGUUGUUGUUGUUUUCUAUUUAUUGAGUGAUCAUAUAUAUAUGUGAUCACUCCUGUGGACUAGUAGACAUUGCUAAUAAUAAUUGUUUGUAAUCAUACAUCUAAAGCAAAAGGCAAUCUAAAUUUUGUUCUAAGAGUAAAA